AUCUAUCCGACUUUUGCAUUUGGCUUUGCAAGGCCUGGCUGCGUUCGCCCAUCACCUUAAGCUCUCCCGCCCGCUGCUGCUCGCCAGCCAGUCCUCGCCACCCCUGCUCAUGCUCGCCGUCGCCGUCUGCCAUCUCCUCUGACAGUUCUGCUUCGUGCUUGACUGUCGCCGCGCGUCGUGACAGCAUUGCCACAUUGUUAUGCCCGCCAAGCGAGACGUUAUGACGACUCAGUCUGCCCAGUCACUGCCCUCCUUUGCCCAGGCGUUCAGCUCGCCCUCUCUACAUCGAAUCUCACAGUCCAGCAACGCACUGCCUCCGCUUCAUCGUCUUGACGCGCAACACGAUCGUGGGCGGCAGUCCCCUAACGAACGCGUCUCACCGCAGCACAACAUGGAACUGCGCAGGAAACGAUUGCACGCAGAUAUUGCUUCUCCUAUUAGAGGACAUGACGGAUCGGAUUCAGAAGGGCGUCGAUCUCCUCGCACGGCCCGCAGCGAAGAAGAAGCAGAUCGUGACGCUGCGCCCACAACGACCAGCACGCAGCGCGCAGGGGCUCAUGAGCAACAGCCAGGAGGCAGCCAGCCCGACCCUCCGCCGUCCCAGCCAGAUACGCGGUCUUCCCCCCUGAAGAGGCGGCGCGUCACAAUAAGCGGUACUUCUCAUCCAAUCAACACUAAUGUCAAGACCACCGCAUCCGAGAAUAUCAGCACUAUCUCUCCUGUCGUCAUGGGUCUCACCAUACAGCGCGAUGACCCGAAUGCGCUCGAACAGGUCCGUUCCAUGCUGUCCGUCAAGCAGAAACAAAAGGAGCUCAUCGAGCAGCGGCGGGGAAGCACCGCCUCGAUCGUAUCUACCGCCCCUCCCACCGUGAACAUUGUCAACGCAUUGCUUCCUCCCGACGAUCGGCAGAUCACACCAAAGCUCACUGCUGCCCUACCGCGAGGAGGACGCCGGAGUCCAAAUGUCCCUCAGAACUCUCUAGAUCGCCGUCGCUCUGUCAUUCCUUCCUCCUCCACGGCGUCUCAGAACGCUUCAGGCCCAUCCAACACACGACAUACGAGCCCUAAUUCGUUUAUCGCGAGCAGCCAGCCGCCGCUGCCGCCACCCCCUGCGCCAGGAGAGAAUCCGCCCUUCGUACACAACACCACCGCUGUCUCUGCGCAUGCUCUGCCUGCACCGCCCAUCAGCUUCGCUCACCGCCGCGCAGGGCGGCAGCUUGGCGGGGCGAAGGGUAAGCCUGCGGACAUCGUGAUCAGCCCCCUCGGGCCCCAAUCAGAGAAUCUGCAGCCUGUCAUCCAGAGUGCUCCUCCUAUUCCCCGCGCUGAACAGGCUCUGGGUGCGUCCGCACGGUAUCCCAGCAUGGCGAUCCCGAGCAUACCGCAAAUAAGCGGGAGCGCACCAAGGCAUACGUCUGGCCGGGUGCCGCCUACGCCCACUAGGUUGAGCAAUAUGCCGCGCACUGCGACGACGAGCCAUUUCGCGCAGCCUUCUAUUGGCGGCAGCUAUAAACGGUCUCCUCAGAAUGCAUCUGUGCCUAUUGCUUCGAGCCUCGUGCCGCCGACACCGACGGGUCUGAACCACCCUGCGUACUCUGGCGAGAAAUCCGCCUUUCUCGAACCCUUCUCGAUGUUCUACGACGCGCUGGUUGAUGCGAAAUCUCUAAAGCACUGGCUGAACGAACAAGUGCAAAAGGCUCAGGCGCUGAAUAUUUCUCUACAACGACAACAGGAGCAACUGCAUGAUAUCGUUGAGACGGCUGUCGAGAAGCGGACCGCAACGAUGAGAGAGGACAUCUACGUCCUCCACCGACGGAUUGAAGAGUUGGAAUACGCCUUUCGCAGAGCAGCUGCCCCUGCGCAGAGUUACAGCGCCGCCACGAGCACGCUAAGCGCAAAGGGCAAAGGCAAGGCCAACGGCGCGCCCGCGCAUCCGAUCCCACCGGAUUCGUACACCUUUCCGCCUGUCGACCCACACCUCCGACGUCUCGAGUCCAUCAGGCGGGCGCCCUCGCCCAUUGAAUACGACGCGCGCAGCUUCCCCAACUCUGAAACAGCGUCCCCGGUGCCGUUCGAUGUCGGGCGGCGCCUGUCUGUCUCCGCGAUCCGCAUGGAUCCGCGCUCGCCCGUCGGCGCGCACGCAGAAGCGGUGUCAGCGCCACAGCGGAAGACGUUUGGAGUGCCGACGUCGGCGUCGCGCGAUCUGCAGGGUCCUGCGUUCCCGCCGCCGCCCGCGGGUGGGUACGCGGGGAAGGACACACGCUCGCCGAAGGUAGUGCAUUCGACGGCGGGCGCGUCGUCGUCUCGUAGCCAUUUGCAUCCGUCGGAGGAGGCGGGCGGCUCGAGAAAGCCGGCGGGCGGGAGAGCGCAGCCGGAGGUGGUGUGGUAUCGAGAAGGCAAGGGUUCGCCGGCGUCCAGCGAUGGGCGGUCCGAGGGCGCGGUGGGGACGCUGCGGAGAGAAGGUGCGGUCAUGUCACCCUCGGGGAGCCGAUCGCGUUCGCCUGUGGAGGACGACGCGUAGGUGUGUGUGCGGUGGGUUGGAAAGAAGGUAUGAAAAGUGUUUGGCGUCGGCUUUCUUCACGAGCGGUAUCGUGGACUCAGUCUUGGGCUUGGGCGUCGGUGGUGUACGUACAGUAAGUACCACGCGCUGGGUUGUUUCUUGGCGUCGUUUGGCUGCCGCGGUUUCGUUCGUUCGUUGUCGUCGUCUUCUUGUCGGCUUGCGUCUGUCGGUUUUGAUCUCUCUCUCUCUCUUUCAUCGUUUUGUAUCGCAUU